AUCCUCACUGCACGCCUCGCGUACACGAUAACUAUCAUGGCACCAUCAUACUCGACGUCCUAUCUCGCAACGCUCCGGAUACCACCGCGCCGCUUCGCAACCCAAGUUUUCUUCUCUGUGCUAGCGACCCUCAUUCCCAGCCUCCUACAGAAAUGGAACAUCUUACUCCUCAGCGGACUCGUCGCCCUCGUCUGCGGCGCCUCCACCGAUCUCGCCCUAACAUAUCUUAAUCCUCUCGCCAAACCCCGAAGUCCACCAUACUGCAUCUCUCUCAGCAUGUGUCUAGGACACCUCCACCAAGCCACCACAGCCCUCGGACAGCGCCUGCUCGACUCCAGUUCGGGCUUUUCGCAAACGCAACACGCAGCCGUCCACUUCUGCCUCGCCUUCUUCGUCAUCUCAGAAUUCGAAUUCUACCGCGCAUACACCGACUUCAAGAACUUCGAAUCAUAUCUCGAUGUGGUCAAGUACUUCCUCCUCGCAAACGUCGAGCCUAACCGCGUCUUCCCUAUCUCUCGCGAUCCAUGGGGUUUUGGCUACAUGACUUGCCUUGAGGGACCGGACUUC